AUGUGGAAAAAACUACAAAAAAGAAACAGCAGCACAAAGAAAACGGAGAAUACAAAAAAGGAAAAGCGUGAACAAAAACCUCCAACUCCAAAAAACACCAAUGAAAAAUGUAUAUGUAACAAUAUAGAGCUAGAGAGACCAGAGCAACGGAAAACACGUUUAGAAAGUUUAAGACAAUACGAAUCUCAAGUUCACGCAUCUCAAUCUCAAGAAGAGCGAUCACACAAUCACAAGAGCGAGAGGGCCGUCUUCAGUACUUGCGUGAAUAUGACUCUCAAAAAAGAUCUUCAUAGUCAGAAGAAGAACGGACCGUGA